AUUUAAUAUUUGGCAUCUAAUAUAACUAUUGCAUACAAUAUAAUAAAAUACAAUCAUUUAAUCCGUUGUAAAGACAAUAAUAGUUAAUAUCCGGAAAACAUGGCCAACGAUUUGGACAAAAACAAUAACCAGAAGACAAUUGAGCACAUCAUCAUCAGAGGUAAUCCAUACACCAGAGGAUUCAGUUAUGGACAGCAGCUGAAGGAGAAGAUUGUGGCGAAUCUGCACUAUUAUAAAGUGAGAUACACUUUGCUUGACUGGACUCAAGUCGAAGAGUUUAUUAACAAGAAUUACGUGAAGGCGUUGGAAAGGUAUUACCCGUCGGGUCUGCAGGAGAUGAAAGGUAUAGCUGCCGGCGCUGAGGUCACCGUCGAGGAUAUCAUUGCGUUGAACGCCAGAUACGAAUUGAUGCGUUGGAACCGAGACCUCAUCCGUAAGAGUCAACAAUCGCCGCAAGAAUUUGCCAAAAGGGUGCCAAAAGACAAGAUUGAGGACAUGCCUCACGAGUUGCCACAACUGCCUCACGAGUGCACUUCGGCUGUCUGUCUGUCAAAAGCCACCAAAUCGGGUGAUGUCCUCAUCGGACAGAAUUGGGAUCAAAACAAACGGAUGCUAUCGGACGACAUGGUGCUGCUGCUUGAGGUACAUCCGGACCCCUCCGAGAAUAUGGCUCCCUUUUUCAUGUUGACAGAGCCGGGAACGUUAGGUCGCAGCGGAAUGAAUGCCAACGGAUUGGGCAUAACAGGAAUGAGUCUCUUCUCGAGUGAAGACUAUUUUGGAGACGACAGUCCCAAAGGGUAUAUACCCAUCAGUUUGUUCAGACGCAUGUUCUUAGAGUCGCCUAACUUUCCGGUGGCUGUCAAGCGUCUGAUCGCCGCUCCCCGACACGUGUCCAUCAAUAUGACGGUCGCCACCGCCGAGAACGAGGCCUUCAAUAUCGAGAUGACUCCCAAGAAUUACUUCGUGUCGUACCCGCCCUUCGAGACCGAUAUCAUCACUCACAGCAAUCUCUUCAAAUCGGACUCAUUUUUCGCCAACAAUUCUGUGAAAGACACGUAUAUUUGUGGCUCAUCUCUCAUACGAGACCGACAAAUGCAGAGAGGAUUGCUCGACAAGUGGGGUAACAUUGAUGAAAUCAGUUUCACCAAAGCCUUUACCAAUCAUGUUGGCUUUCCCGACUCCCUGUGCGCUCAUAUACCCGAGAAGGGACGGGAGGAUCUGUCGACUACACCUAAUCUCUGUACUGUGGCUAAUAUAGUCAUGAAUCUGACGACUAAAACGCUGAGACUCUGUAGAGCCAACCCUUGCAAUGGUGUGUUUUAUGAGUACACUUUCAAUUGA